GUGCAGCGUGGUGAUGUAGUUAACACGCUGUGGUCCACCGCCAAAUUCAAAUUGUAAGGAAAAAAGGGGGAGAAAGGGAGCAGCUGCAGCAGAGGACCGACGAUUAUCACAAGUAUCUGUUCGGGGAUUAGACCUACCAAUCAAUAACCACAGAGAAAAAAAAAAUCAUGGAUGGGUUUGGAAGAGCUGUGGUUGGAGUCUGGCGGGCGCACACAGUCCUGGAUGAAUCUGAUGGAGCAGAGAGCUCCCCAGAAGUUCCUGAUCGUUUCCGUAAGAUGCCCUCCUCAUCCUCCCUCGGCUCCCUGCGGAUGUCCUUGCGGAAGCGGCUGCCGCUCCGGUCGGUCCAGGCAAACUCUCUCCCGGAAGCAUCAACCACAGAAAUCCAGAAGCAGCAGCAGCCCAAACCCAGCACGGCCCGCAAGCUCUCCCGCAGCGCCAGGAACUCCAUCAGCGAAAUGUGCCAGAGGUUUCAAAGGACCAGAGAGUUUUCACGCGAGGAGUGCUUGGUGGCCACCCCGGGUCGAGACCCAGAAAUUGCAGGUGCAUCAUCUUGCACUCCGCGGCGUACUCCUCGUCGAGCUGCAACACCCAGGCGCACCCCUAGAUCUGCUGCCAAACCCGGCCGCACGCCGGGGUCUAGAGAACGAAAGACCCCUGAAGCGUCUGUACGUGGGGUGAGAACGGGGAGAGGCAGGAGGCAGCUGGUCCGAAUGGCUGCGCUGCGAAGUCCCUUUUCUUCCCCAAACACAGAGAACCAGAGAAUAAAAUUUGACAAAGAUUUGGAGUCUGUUUCCAGUGGAAUCAGAAGGCUCAAACAUCUGUCCAAGGCUUUUGAUGACAUAAUCCGAAGAGAGGACAGGGAGCUCACACAUCCCCUGAUUGUGGAGUAGGAUCCAAGGCCUGGUUCAAGCAACUGUCCUGGAGGGGCGAUGAUGAGAAAGUUGGACCCCAGUGGGAAACUCAGUCGGUCCAACCUCGCGCGCCGCGCAUCAAAUCUCUCAAACACACUGGGAGGAUGGGCCAACACAGCUGUGAACACUAUCCGGAAACCAAACUGAAGCACACAGAGCCUUCAGUAGCCAUGUUUUAAAGGUGUUAUUGUGGCGUCACUGUUACAUGUACUGAGAAACUUUCCUAUAGCUGCUUGAUUUUUGUCUUCUAUGUGUGUUUAGCAUUAUUUGUGAGUCUUGUGUUUACAUGUCUCAGGUUAGCUCUGUAGGGUGAACAUCCUCAUAACUACCAAAGGGAUUGUGAUGUUUAAACAAUAUAUUUUAGUUACAUAUCCUAACUAGUAUAAAGAAAUGCUGCACUAUAUUCAGACUGUAGCUGUAAAACUAACACUAAGUGUUCUGAGAGAGUACAGGUGGUUUGUCUUUACAAUAUAUGUGUAUGUAGAAAUCCUUAUGUUUUAUAUUCCUUUUAAUAAACCAAAAUUUUAUAUUUUUCCUUUUUUAUACAUGUGUAACGGGACCUUUUUUUUUAUAUAGCCUGGGUAAUAUUUAAAUGGACACUUUCUAGCAGAGGUUGUUGCUUGCAAUGGUCUGUGAAUGAUUCAUGCUCCAAUACAGUACACAUAAAUCAUCAGAUAAUGUGAUGGGGGGGAGAGUUAAAGGCUCAUUACCAGAUGAUGGCAGUGAUGAUGAUGUUAUGAAGAAAAAUCCAGUGAGUUAUUAGUGUAGUGACAGCCUCAAAUGAAGCAAAACGCUUUUUUUUUUUCUUCGCUGUGCUUCCUUUUUCUGAAUUAAUGGGGAAGAAGGGAGAAUCUGUGCCUAACUGUGAAAAUGAAUUGGACAAUAAAAACUGCAAGUCAACAA